UAUAAGGUUGUAGUGUUUCUCGGUCACGCACAGCGACUGAGGAGCUUAUCCAUGUGGAAAAGAUAAAGUGCUGAUUGUAGCGAACUGUUACAGAAAAGUAGGCGAAUAUAGAUGCCACCUUGAUACAUACAGUCUACUACUCAAUGGCGAGGGCAUGAUGGGUAACAACACCGGGACACAGUGCCCUUUGCUCCCACUUGACAAGACUGUCUGACAACGGCGCGGGAAAUAGCUACCGAGUAGCCAAUAUCAGGGUGACAGUCACAAUCUAGUAGUUACACCAUUAUACUCAGCAUGGCAAGUGAGCAGGAGGUAUCAGCAGUCGGCAAGAUUCUGGUCAACCCAAAGCAGGACCUAACAACACGGUUCAGAGCUCUCUUCACCUUGCGUAACCUGGGCGGACCAGAGGCCAUCGAAUGGAUCAGUCAGGCUUUUGUUGAUGACUCUGCUCUGUUGAAACAUGAGCUGGCAUACUGCCUGGGGCAAAUGCAGGAUGAGAGGGCCAUACCCACGCUAGAGACUGUUCUAAAAGACACAACACAGGAGCCUAUGGUCAGGCAUGAAGCAGGGGAAGCAUUAGGAGCUAUUGGGAACCUUAAGGUCCUUGACUUGCUGAAAGAGUACUCAGAGGACCCAGUCAUCGAGGUGGCAGAGACGUGCCAGUUGGCUGUUAGGCGGCUGGAGUGGCUGAUAUCUGGUGGGGACCAUAAAGGAGAAGAGGUCACCGAUGGAAACCCUUACUGUUCUGUGGACCCUGCUCCCCCAGCUCAGAGGAAGACUGUCCCUGAGCUGAGGACACAGCUCCUGGAUGAGAGCCUGCCGCUGUUUGAGCGCUACAGGGCCAUGUUCGCCCUCCGCAACCUGGGCACCGAGGAGGCUGUCCUGGCUCUAGGAGAUGGUCUUCAGUGUAGCAGUGCCUUGUUCCGCCAUGAGAUUGGCUACGUCCUGGGUCAGAUCCAGCACCCCGCCAGCAUCCCCCAGCUGCAGGCAGCCUUGGAGCUGGACGGGGAGAGUGCCAUGGUGAGACACGAGUGUGCCGAGGCCCUCGGAUCCAUCGGCAAGGAGGAGUGUAUGAAGAUCCUGGAGCACUAUAGGAAAGACACAGAGCGCGUGGUGAAGGAGAGCUGUGAGGUAGCCCUGGACAUGCUAGAGUAUGAGAACGGCACACAGUUCCAGUACGCUGACGGACUACUACGACUGCAGGGGGAACAGUAAGCAUGGACAUCAGGAGAACUGCUAUACAGCACUAGAAGAGCUUUCUACAGAGGUCAUAACUCAUGAUCACUGAUACCCAUUUUCACUUAUUAAAACUAUCUGACUCUCGCCUGUCAUUUUUAGCCUUUGAGACAAGGCAGUGUAAUAAUUGUAUUACAGUACAUCUGAAGCCAUGUUGUGGUUAAUUUAUUUAUUGUUUUCAUGGAAUCUAUAUGAUUCAAUGGUUCAAUACCCCCCCCCCUCAUCUCAGUGACCCAUUCACUUGUAUUUUGUAUUCCAAGUGAUCUGAUCAUAAGCAUCUGAAAUCAGGAAACCUGAUUGUCGAAGAUUGUUAAUCCACUUUUCAGCUGUGUCAUAUUCGCAUAGAUUUUAUCUUGGCGGAAAUAAAAUAAUAAUAAAAAAAGGCUUAGAUAACAACAUUAUUCUGUAUUGUCUCAAUGCUGUCACUUAGCGCUAUCAUGGUAGUACGUAGGCUUUCCUUAAGCUUGCCUGUGUUCUAUUCCAGUCAGAUGUGGGAUCAUGAUGGCUCAGGGAGGUGUUGGAUCAAGAUGGCUAAUCCACGCAGACAACGCCAUCAGAGAAAUGAAUAACAGGGUUAUAUAUAAUUAUAAAUACUUUACCAGUUCUUUUCAGCUUUCUCAUUCCCACUGAAACACAUUGCUAUCCUCUGUCUUAACAAAUACAUUUUCACAUAUGCCAUUUAGCAGAUGCUUUUAUCCAAGGCAACUUAGUCAUGCCCUGCAUACAUUUUUAUGUAUGGGAGGCCCCAGUGGGAAUUGAACCCAUGACCCUAGGUGUUGGAAGCACCGUACUCUACCACAUGGGUACGCAACACUUUUCCUGGAGUUCUGCAGAUACUUCAGGAUUUUGAUCCAACUAUACCUAUACUAUACGCACCAUACCUGACCAACAGCUAAUUGAGCAGUUCAGUGAUUAUUCAACACACCCGGUCUUCUAGUUUUGUUAAAUCAAAAACAUGGAGUGCCUGCGGAAGUCUAGGGCAGGGUUGCCUAGCCUGCUCUACCCGGUAAUGUAUGGCUCUUGCAACGCCAAGGGUCUUGGGAUACAUUCCUGCUAGAGUCUACCAACUGAGCUAAACAGGACUACUUAAGAGUACAAACAAACCCCUUUUGUAACCCUGAUCAGGGGAACACUAAGUGUGAUGUAUUUACAUCUUCAGUUGUGAGCUCUGCAGAGAGGGGGGACAGAAAGGCAGCUGUCAGCUCUGUGGAGGGAUAGAGAAUUAGCAGCAUGCUGAGAGGGAGGGCAACCGCUAUAGUAAAAUGGGGUUGAAGGACCCACACUAAACUUAGUUUAACACAGAGCCGUGGAAACAGUACCUAGCCUUCCCUCAACCUGCCAACAACUCCGUCACCAUGAUGCACCCCAUCAUGAUCGGCAUCGUUGUAGUCAACACCUCCAUCACCGUCAUCUACUGGAUCUUCAUCCUCACAGAGGCCUUCCAUAGGAAGAUAGAGGAAGAGGACAAACCUCAGGAUAACCCUGCCUAAAUGACUAACCUUACAGAGUUGUCCUGCUCAGAGUAGAUUGCUUUUAGUGCUUCUGUGUGUCCUGUUUUGUCUGGUGGAACUGCUCAGUCCUCCACAGCUUCAGCACAGUGCUCCUACCAUUGGAGCACAGUUUUACACACAGGUAGUGCAUCUCUUGAAACUGAUCAAUAAAUAUAUUUCCGUAUAUGAUUAGCUGUAUUUCUAACAUGUUAUUUUACAAAGGGUUUUCUGACUCCCAUUCAUACAGGAAAUGCUAUGACCUUGUCUUGACUCUGUGGCAUUACAGUAUUGAAGCUUAUCUCCAGAUUGGGAAGCGAUUAAAUCAUACACACAUUGCUGAGUGAAAAAAAUCAGAUAUCUUGUGUGCAGAUUCCAGGUUUUAGCAGAUUGAACACUUCCUGAACCCUCCCUUUGUUCGGCUUGAUGUGUCAUCUUAUGGACACCAGACGAUAUCUUACUACUGCUCACAUAAGGAGAGGAAAAUACAUCCAAUGCAGCCUUAUAUCAGGGAAAUGAAUGGACUGAAGGGCAAACUCAACCAAAGGAUUCUUUGUUUGCAGCUCAACCCAGCAAGACCGGAACACUAUGGCUAACUGUACCAUGGAGCCUCCAGGGGUCCAGACCCAGCCUACUGCUGAGUGGGGAGAGGUGUGGAACCGCCCCAGGACAUAUAACCCAAGGCAGCUUCUACAGGCCAUAGAGAAGGAGGAUGAUCUCUACUUUGUUGACUAUGUACCCUCCUCCCGUGAUGCCUUCCACAUGCCUCCUCAUGUCCUCUAUGUCACAAUGGGAGUGAUAGUGGUAGUAGUGGCCUGCUACGGCAUCCUAGGACACCUGAUCAAUGAUCUGUACCAUGACCUGGCAGGUAAAGUGGGGUGAUCACAUGUCAAAAGACGCAUCCCUGGUCAUCGAGAAUGUCACCAUAGAUCUUAGGGUGGCAGGUAGCCUAGAGGUUAGAGCGUUGGGCCAGUAACUCAAAGGUCGCGGUUUUAAUUGCCUGAGCCGAUAAGGUGAAAAAUCUGUCGAUGUGCUCUUGAGCAAGAGACUUAACACUAAUUUGCUCCAGGGGUGAUGUACUACUAUGGCUGACCCUGUGCAACAGCACAUUUCACUGCACCUAUCUGGUGUACGUGACAAUAAAACAUAUUUAUUUCUAUUGUGGUGAAUUCCAUAAUUCUGUAUUUUCUUGCUAAACAUGUUCAAAUGAUCUUGAUGGAUGUCAGACCUCUGUGGUAUUCUGCAUGCGGUUAAUCAUGAGAGUACGUGAGGGUUGCCAUCUAUGAGUAUGAGCCUUAGGUUGUAGAGCUUGAUAGUCAUUGUUAGAACCAAAUGUUGUGAGAAUCCCCUUUAUUACAUGACGCUGCCACGUGCCCCCCAAUCACAAACAUCUGUUCACUGACCCAGAUACUAGACAGACAGACAUCUUUGGUAGAACUAAUCAGAUUAGUAUCCUUUCACUGUGGCACCCAUUGAUACUGAUCAGCUUUGACCUUCACACCUCGUAGCACCAAUUAGAAGCCAUGGAAAAGGCAUGUCAGCUGGAUCUGUGGAUUAAGAGCGCUAGUUAAGGCUACUUCACAGUCAAAACAAACACAUACAGUACAUUCGGAAAAGUAUUCAGACCCAUUUACUUUUCCACAUUUUGUUACGUUACUGCCUUAUUCUAAAAUGGAUUAAAUCGUUUUUCCCCCUCAUCAAUCUACACACAAUCCCCCCCCUUCCCCAAUAUGACAUUUACAGAAAUAUUCAUACCUUUUACUCAGUACUUUGUUGAAGCGCCUUUGGCAGCGAUUACAGCCUUGAGUCUUCUUUCGUAUGACGCUACAAGCUUGGCACACCUGUUUUUGGGGAGUUUCUCCCAUUCUUCUCUGCAGAUCCUCUCAAGCUCUGUUAGGGUUGAUGGGGAGCGUCGCUACACAGCUAUUUUCAGGUCUCUCCAGAAAUGUUUGAUCGGGUUCAAGUCCGGGCUCUGGCUGGGCCACUCAAGGACAUUCAGAAAUUUGUCCAAAAGCCACUCCUGCGUUUUCUUGGCUGUGUGCUUAGGGUCGUUGUCCUGUUGGAAGGUGAACCUUCACCCCAGUCUGAGGUCCUGAGCGCUCUGUACUUUGCUUCGUUCAUAGUCUACCAGUCCCUGCCGCUGAAAAACAUCCCCAAAGGUUGAUGCUGCCUCCACCAAGCUACACUGUAGGGAUGGUGCCAGGUUUCCUCCAGAUGGGAUGCUUGGCAUUCAGGCCAAAUAGUUCAAUCUUGUUUCUCUGAGAGUCCUUUAGGUGCCAUUUGGCAAACUCCAAGCGGAGGAGGACCUACAAUGCUGCAGAAAUGUUUUGGUACUCUUCCCCAGAUCUGUGCCUCGACACAAUCCUGUCUCAGCGCUCUACGGACAAAUCCUUUGACCUCAUGGCUUGGUUUUUGCUCUGAAAUGCACUGUCAACUGUGGGACCUUAUAUAGACAGACUGGGUCCUAGGCCCACACCCAGAUGAAGAGGAAGGUGCCUGUGAGCCUACAGGAGUGGAGAAGGAGGAGAGGUGGAAGACUGCCGUCGAGGCAAAGAGGUGGAUGACGAUCAACAUAGAAGAGGAGAGGAAGGGGGUCCUUCCAUUAGUCAAGUCUCCCAGCAUGUAAAAAACAAAGAAUCAACUUUCCUCUCCAGAAAACAGACUCACAUCUCUAUUAGGCUAAAUGUUAUUCUGACCCCAAUUGACUAAGUUCCCUUGAUAGCAAUACACAGUCCACUCUAUCCUGCUCUCCGCUCUGUCCUCAUUUCCUCCCAGGUUGGCUCCCAAGCAGCCAAAUCCCAUUUCUGUUACUUCUAAACUAAUCCCGUUUUGAUACAAAUUAAAGGAAUCUGCAACCCCAAUCUAUUUACACAAUGUAAUUUUAGCAUCAGAGGCAUAGGAUAAACGAAGUUACUGUAUAUACAAACAAUGUAACUGUUUUACCAUUUUCUGUACUGUAUAGGAUAACAAAUGUAGACAGUUUGAACAAUCCAAUGGUGCAGAAACAUUCAUUUGUGGCAGUGCUCCCUGAAAGGUUCCAUUUCCUUUUGACCCCCGUAGAAAUAACAGUUCACAUUAAUACCAUGGGACUGAGCAGCACCUGGACAAACACACACAACACUCAUCACUUUUGCUAGUGUUGAGCUUUAUGUGCUGCUGUAACGCUGUAAACGUAAAUACAUCUGUUUGCUUGUGGAUAAGGUGGCCAAAGAGGAUGACCCUUGUUCCAAUAAAGGAAAGACUGGACCUGUC